AUGCGCGCUCCCACACUUCCUGCAUCGACUCCUAAUCUUCCAGACGAAAAGAAGGCCCGCCCCACCAAGAGCAACAACUCGAAGCCUGUUCAGAGCAAUGGCUUCAAAGCUCCCCCAAUGUCACCAAGAAAACCUAAUUCGCAGCCGAAGAACAUCGGAGAGCGCAGUCAGCCAGACUAUGUGGCAACCGCAAUUGAAGGUCUCUCAUUGGUCAAGGACGCAGACAUUGCCUCAAGUGGCCUACAAAGUGCAGGGAGCGGUGAAUCUCUUGGAGAUGAUCAGUCACAUCUCUCGACCUCUUCCAUGAAACAACAAAGCUUUGAUACCAAAAGCAUGGCUUCUGUCACUACCUUCGCAAUGGAUGAGAAGGAGAGCAUUCGCCCGGAUGACAGCGCCAGUGUCAGAGCUGUAGAAGACGAUGAAACGUCGAGCGUCCCACACAAAGAGGAUACAUCAGCAUUGAAUGCACGCCAAUCCCUGCGGCUGAGCACGUCUGGGGUGACAAUCGCUACACGCCGUUACCACACGUUAACCCUGACCAAUCCGCCACGGUUUGGAGAUCUGCCAGCCCCAAUCGUACAGGCUGAGCAGCCCGAGCCUGCACCUCCUUCAGAAGGCUCGAGCGAACAGCACUCCGAUCCCCACGAAAGAGCCCCAUCGCUUCCAAUUGCUCCCGAUGAGAAGUUGCUCGAUGCUUUGGCCUCAGCCAAGGAUCGUCUGCCUUUGCUGCAACUCGAGGAGAAGUUUUUGGCAUUGAUUGCGAACCCAUCGACACAAUUUCUCGACUUGCCCCCCCAAAACUCCUUUGCCAGACUGCUUGCACACAAAUUGGCCGAUUAUUACUCGCUUGCCCACCACAUCAACGAGGAUGGCACCUCCAUACGCGUCUUCCGGACGCCCAAUCCCGCUCUGCCGACUUCAUUGCAUGUCCUCGCAAUGUCCAUCCCUGCCGGGCCGCUACAACCUCCUUCAGCUGCCACAUUUAAGAUCAUGCGUAGAGCUGGACUUGGCACACGACAAGGUUCUGCCGGCGCCAGUACUCCAGCAAGCUCUUCCGCCCCUUCCAAAGCCACCUCAGAAGCCGGCUUGGAAACAACCAGCGAGGAAGGCAUCGUGUCCCCAACUGAGGGGACCCCGAACAAGGACAAGUCGAAGCUCACUCGAGAAGAGCGUGAAGCGCAGUACAAAGCAGCAAGAGAGCGCAUCUUUGGCGACUUCCAGGAGUCGGUAACGAGCGAGAGUGCUUCGACUGGCGAGAAUUCGGCGAGUAUGUCACGGUCAAGCUCAUCUAGCGGAAAGAGAAAGGCUCGAAAACAGAAGACGCCAAAAGACGACAGCUUCGAAGCCCGCUCCGCAUAUGUCCCUAGUUAUGCUCCCAUGCAUAUGGCGAACAUGCAGUCUCAAUACCAGACUCACUAUUCGGAUCAGGCAUAUCAAGGAGCCUACCAGAACCCGACCAAUGGCUAUGGCGGAAACAUGAACUUUGGGACGACUCCGACUCAAGCUUACCCCGGCUUUGACCAGACCAUGCCUUACAACAACGCACCCGUGGGCUACGGAGCCGCCAGUACCCACUCAUUUAGUCCUGCGGAAUCUUGGUCAUCAAUGCAGACGCCUCCUGCCAAUGGGUAUUACAACUACUCAGCCUCUCCGACCAACUACCAACAGGGUAUGCCGCCCAUGCUGAAUCAGAUGAACAGCCAGUACUUGCAACAGACACAUCCAGGGAUGCAACAACCACAGAAUUGGAUGAACAACCCAUAUCAAGCUCCUUAUCCGCAGUCCCAAGCCCAAGGGAACCCCAACGUCAAUGGUUGGUCUGGUUAUCAGCCCAAUCAAGGCAUGAAUAACCCAGUGCCAUAUGGCUACGGCCAGAUGCCAAGUCAGAACUUCGGCGGCAAUGCCAAUCAGCCGUACAAUGCUCAGUACGCAAACCAAGGCACAUACUCUAGAUCGCUUUUCAAUCCCCAGACGCGCUCCUUUGUCCCAAGCAAUGCCACGAGCCGUAACGGUGGACGCCAUGGACGGAAGAAGCCCUCGCCCGCCUCAAGCCAGACCCAGAGUCGAAACAAUAGCGUUGUCGCUGCCUCAAGAUCGUACGGCUCUGAAAAUUCUGGGACACCACCGCCACCAUCGACUCGUGGGUUUGAACGUGGACUCGCCGCUAAUGUAUCCUCACCUCAACAGCGAAUUCCAGUUAAGGAAGAUUCUCUCCAACAGAAGUACGGGGCGCCUGCACACUUGCCUAAGAAGCCUCCUCCGUCGCAGGUACUGUCGUCGUAUGAUGUGGAGAAUAUCAAUAAUGCUGCGGUCGCCACGAGCUCAUUAACUCCGAAUCCGCAAACUGCUGCUAUCCCAUCUGGAACGAGAGGCAUUGGCACUAAUAACGUGUCUAGUCCGGGUUUGGAGCAAGCUAAUGGACCAUCUGCAUGA